GAGAAGGGAGGAGACACCAAGUAAAACCUGGUGGAGUGGGGGACCUGGACGUCUUUCUCCACUUAAAGGGGCCGCCUUGAUGGUACGUUGGGCGGGACUGUCUGCCUCCCUAAGGGGAAAGGCAGGUUGGCUCAGCCUGGCCAUCCCCCAGACCCCGCCCCGCCAUGGACCACCCGGGAGGUGGGCCCUUUAAGGCCAUCCCCGGGGCUGGCAACGUGACCGCCCUCCCUCAAGUGUGCAAGUUCAUUCAUCUAGGGGCCCCUGCUGACUCACGCUUAUGAAAGUGAUUUUCCUGGCCCCGCCCACCGCCCGCCUCUUCCCAACCCGUGAAAUACCCUGGCUUCCCAGCCUCUCACAGCCUCUUGGAGCUCCAGCGGGGUCAUGGGCGUCCUGCUCCCUCGGCCGGCACCGUGACCCCUGAUUCUCCUAGUGCCCGGCCAGGCCACGCUCACCAGUGCAGUGUCCUCGAUCUCUGCCCCCGGCAGGCAAUGGUCCGUCAGGCAUCUGCCUGUCCUACUUGCUCUCGGGCUACACCCCCUACAUGAAGCCGGAAGCCAUCCACCCGCACCCCCUGCUGCAGAGGAAGCUCACUGAGAUGCCCGGGGUCUCCAUCGUGGACCAGGACCUGGAUUACCUGUCUGAGGGCCUUGAAGGCCGGUGCCAAAGCCCUGUGGCCCUGCUGUUUGAUGCCCUCCUGCGCCCAGACACAGACUUUGGGGGCAAUGUGGAGUCUGUCCUCACCUGGAAGCACCAGAAGGAGCGAGCCAUCCCCCACCUGGUCCUAGGCCGGAACCUGCCUGGGGGGGCCUGGCAUUCCAUUGAAGGCUCCAUGGUGACCCUGAGCCAAGGCGAGUGGAUGGGGCUCCCAGACCUGCAGGUCAAAGACUGGAUGUGCAGGAAGCGAAGAGGUCUUCGCAACAGCCGGGCCACUGCCGGGGACAUCGCCCACUACUACAGGGACUACGUGAUCAAGAAAGGCCUGAGCCACAACUUUGUGUCCGGCGCCGUGGUCACGGCCGUGGAGUGGGGGACGCCCGAGCCCAGCGGCCCCGAGGUCCGGGACCCCAGCCCCCUCUUCCAGGUGAACGGCUUCAUGACGGCCGAGGACCAGAGCCAGCAGCCCUUCUCUGUGUGCGCCUGCAACGUGGUCCUGGCCACAGGCACGUCCGACAGCCCGGCCUGGCUGGACAUCCCCGGGGAGGCCCUGCCCUUCGUCCACCAUGAUCUGUCGGCCCUGGAGGCAGCCACGCGGGCAGGCAUGGUGUCCGCAUCUUCGGAUCCCGUCCUCAUCAUCGGGGCAGGGCUGUCGGCGGCCGACGCGGUCCUCUACGCCCACCACUACAACAUCCCUGUGAUCCACGCCUUCCGACGGUCCGUGGACGACCCCGGCCUGGUGUUCAACCAGCUGCCCAAGAUGCUGUACCCCGAGUACCACAAGGUGCACCAGAUGAUGCGGGAGCAGUCCAUCCUGUCGCCCAGCCCCUACGAGGGCUACCGCAGCCUCCCUGAGCACCAGCUGCUGCUGCUCAAGGAGGACCACCAGGCCGUGUUCCGGGACCCCCAGGGCCUGCAGAAGGUCUUCGGCGUUGCCCUGGUGCUGGUCCUUAUUGGCUCCCACCCCGAUCUGUCCUUCCUCCCGGGGGCAGGCACGGACCUCGCCGUGGACCCCGACCAGCCACUGAGCGCCAAGAGGAACCCCAUUGACGUGGACCCCUUCACUUACCAGAGCAUCCACCAGGAGGGCCUGUAUGCCAUGGGGCCGCUGGCCGGGGACAACUUUGUGCGGUUCGUGCAGGGGGGGGCCCUGGCUGUGGCCAGCUCCCUGCUGAGGAAGGAGGCCAGGAAACCGCCCUAGCACCUGGCCUGGCAUCCUUGCACCCAGGCCCUAAAGAGGAGAGGAGAUCACCACGGCCCUGCUGGACACAGAGCCCGUCCCAAGAUGCCCCAGUGAUGGCAGGGGGCCUCUGCUGGCAGGAGACAGGAGCAGCCACAAGCCCAUGCCACAGGCCUCUCAGAUGAAGAGUGGGAAACCCAGGCUGCCCGGACUCAGACCAGGGUGGAAGCAGUAGCCACAGGACAGGGUAGGCCCGGAACUGUAAUUGGGGGUGAAAGCUGCCAGUGCGAGCUGGGAUCACCAGGACCAGCUAAGCACCGAGCCAGGGGGACUCCAGGCCCCACUCUUUUCAGAAUCAGGUCCCAAAUAAAACCAGCACCUGCCUCCA